AUGAUUGGUUAUAUAGUUUUAUUUAUCCUUCUUAGUUUAGUCCUCGGUUUUUUAUCUGGUUUUUUAUCCGGUUAUGUCCCAUUUAUAUUUUCAACCAAUAAAAACAAUAAUAACAACAAUAAUAACAAUAGAAAUAACAUUGGCAAAGAUUAUUUACACAGAUAUAACACCUACAUCUACCCACAACAAACUACACCAAUCUUUUAUACUGCUCCAUCAAAUAGACCACAACCAUCACAAAAUCAAAUCUCACAACCACAACAAAAUCCACAAACACACCCACAAUACACUCAAACAACUCAAAAUAAUUUUGCUCGUUUACAUAAUCAACAAGACCACCAACAACAACAACAAAAAAGCUCUCAACACAAUCCAUUUUCAAGGGCUAAAUAUUACCAUAACCCAUCCAAUAACCAAAGUUAUGGUUCUGAUAUUAUUUUAACAACCGGUGCACAUCAACAACACCCACAAUCAUCAGAAAAAAUUAGUAUAGAAAUGGAGAAAAUGGCAGAAAAAGAGAGAUUAGAAAAAGAAAGAUUAGAAAAGGAACUUUUAGAACAAAAACAAAAAGAUAACGUAUGUAAUAUAUGUUAUUUUGAAGUAGGGGCCAUUUAUAUGGUAACAUUAGGUUGUAACCAUAAACUUUGCUUAGAUUGCAUUUAUAAAUGGUCUAAAAAUUGCCCAUUUUGUAGAAAAAAAAUCACUUCCUUUAAAACUGCAGGCGAAACAAUUUAUCUUGAUGAUUCCGACGAUGAUUAA